AUGGGUUUUGUGGAGACCCCUCUACCGCUAAACUCGCCUCUCGUUCCCCACUAUUGUUGGCGGUUGCAGAUUCAGGCCAAGCGGGACCGACAACGCUGUGUGGAGAGCCUUGGCGAACUGAUCAAGAGACAGGUUGUGCUUGCAAACGAAGGAGUGGAGGCUGUGUUAAGCGAACCCCCAGUGAUUGUCGUGCAAGGAAAAUCCCCUCGGGUUUCGACGCAUAAGGCGGAGGAGAAAGAGGAAUCGGUUGGAGUGGCCGGAUCGAAAGGGAAUCAGGAACGUAACCGAGUGGAAGGAGGGGAACCGGGAGAGACGAAUGAUGCUAAAUGCGCGCCGAGCGAGCAGGCGGCGUUGCCCAUUGAGUACGGAGAGCACCCUGUCGCCCUUAGCUCGCCAGCGAGGAGCUUGAACAUCCCUACGAACAUAGCGACGCCGUCUCCUGCGAACUGUGCGACGGUGCCAUCGCACGACGACGACGCUAUGCUCCAGGCUGCGCUGGCGAUUCCUCCGCCCGCGCGGCACCUGCUGCCCCGCACACCUCUGCCUACAGCAACCGUUCCCGCAUGCGAUACCGCUGAUUUGUGUCCAGCAGUGGCAGAUGAUGAGGUCGUGAAGGGCGAUAUGGCAGUCAGGCUGGACUUGGACUCAGGCACCGGUCGAGGCUUGAUGCCUGAUCAAGAAAACCGCUCUGCAAGGAUCCAGCCAGAUGAGGUAGAUGCGCGGGUGUUGGCGGUGGGAGGUGGGCAGCAGUCGGCGGAAGAGCGUUGCGGAGGCGCCGGCCCACCCGGGGCGGAGGAGUGGAGGCGAGUUGCGCGAGAGGCGGCGGAGAAGCGGCGGCUUGCGGAGGAGGAGAAGAAGCGCGCGGAGGCGGUGGCGGAAGAUGUGCGGCAGGAGAAUGAGAAGCUGAGGGACAUGCUGCGGUGCUUCGAGCACACUGUGAUAGACGAGGUGAGCAUGACUGCUUGGUCGAUUGACGGAGGAUAG